GCCAGGCUACUAGUCUAGCUACAGUACCGUGGCUCUGGCCAGCUAGCUGGAGUACGGUAGCCAGCAGCCAAAGUAGAAAAGCCAAUACGCAGCACUCUGCCUCUUCUCACUUUUCACAGUCGGCUUGUUCUUCUUGGUCCGUGCAAGUUGCCCUCUCCAACCUGCAUCUUACUCCUGCACCAUGACUUCCAUGCCUACCGCCUAUCCGCAUGACCCCUGCGGUCAGGUGCCUUUGCAGCCACCCACCAGCUUGGUCAACCAUGGCGCAGGGCAGAGCACUUGGGGUCAGUAUCAUCCAGUCCUUGUUUCCCAUUCAUCUCAGGCUUUGCUCUCGCCGGACGCGGUGGCCAACAUUCAGACUGCCAUCGAACAGGCGGGGCGUGACAAUCGGAAAGGCGUCAUCGCUUUCGCUUCAGGUGAUGCAAGGACGGCAUACGUGUUGUUUCGUAGUGCUUUGGAGCAGCUUGAGUGCCUUGGUCCUUGCGUCCAUGGAACGGCAGCAUGGAAUGGCAUGCCCGCCCCUGCGAAUCUUCAGGCCCUGGAGCAGUCGAUGAUGAACGCAUCCCCACCAUUGCUUGAAGCCGUCCCUGUACCGGCAUUCCAAGAUGGCUACAUUUAUCUUUAUGACAAUGUGCUUGAUUUCUUGAGAGAUGCGCAACGACCAGAUUCGAAAGAUAGGGAGCGCUUUGCCUCUAAGCUCUCCUUUUAUUGUUCCCUCGUUAUGUUCAACAUUGCCCUGGCCAUGCACAAGCACGGUAUCGACAACAACGAGAAAGAGUCACUCGUCAGCGCCAUCCACUGCUAUGACAUGUCCAUGAAGUCCAUCAGCACCAUUCGAAUCACGGACUACACGGACAAGCUCAUGCUGAUCAUGCUGGCCAUCUGGAACAACCAGGCUCAGAUCUAUUGGUCGUUGCAUUGCUAUGAUCAUGCUAAAGAGAUCUUGGAAGGUGUGAGGAGGCUCGCUGCAAGGUUGCUAUUGGAGCGCUGUCCCAGCUUGGACGAAGCUGAUCAAAAUCACAUCUAUGAGUUUGUACUCAAUGUUAUCACUGUGAAGGAGCCGACCACCGCUCCCUGUGCUUAGCCUUCUUUAUCGAGCCUCCAAGCCCCAAGGAAUGAAUAAAGGUGUCCAACUUCCCCAUCUGUUUCCAACCUCCGUCUCCCGCUGUCUAUACCGUAUCGCAGUGCACAGUCGAUAUCGAUUGCUACAUACACAAUCGGAUCAUCCAAAUAAUUUAAACUGACGUUUGCACAUUG